AUAUUGCCAAAAGCGGCGUAAAACCAUACUCACCCACUAACUUGACUGUUGUUUUUCACACAUAGGCUGGUCCCGACAUUGGCAGCAUCUUCCUCAAGUCGUCAAAGCGUGGGAGCAUCUACAUCGACGGCACCGACAUGAUGGCUAUCAUUGAGAUGCUGAACAGUCUCCCGCCCAUCUGGAGCGACAUGUCCGAACACGGGUCGCUCGGGACCUUCCUGGGCGGGACAACAGUCGCCAUCAAAGUCACAGCACAGGACCCAGAAGGAAAUUCUAUCCGGUAUGAGAAAGUAUCCGGUGCCUUUCCUCCGGGGGUUGUUUUGAACAAGGUCACAGGUGAAAUCUCUGGUGUUACACCUGAUAUAGAUGCGGUAUAUGAAUUUGGCAUCCGGGCAACUGACAAUCACGGGAAACACGCCGAUCAGACGUUUACCAUCCUCACACGCGAGAAGAACCAGUGCCGUGUUAUUCCAUGUAAGAAUGGAGGUUCCUGCAUUGAUGACAUCGACGACUACUCCUGCGACUGCCCCAGCGCCUACGGGGGCAAGAAUUGUCAGUUAGACUGUGUGAACAACGCCGUGGGUGUAGACGUCGGUCUGAUGCACAUUCCCGACGCCCAGAUGUCUGCCCACUACUCACACUCUGACUAUGCCGCUUGGAACGGUCGUCUCAAAGGUUCGGGCUGGGUCGGGGAGAAAGUAGUCAACUCGUGGCUGCAAAUUGACCUUGGCUCGGUGAUGGAGUGGUUCGCCGUAACGAUGCAAGGGGCCGUCAGCUCAUCCUUCUAUACCACAACCUACACCAUGGCGUACAGUGAGGACGGUGACAACUUCCAAGACGUCAAGGAUGCCGCCAGUAACACUAUGAUAUUCAACGGCAGUACUCUGUUCAACGCGAUGACGAAGACCGUCCUCCUGCGCCUCUACAGGCCCGGUAUGUUCGCUUCAUCCCGCGCACAGCUGCCACGAACCCGGGCAUGAGAGUCGAGGUGUUCGCCUGUGCUGAAUAACGCCAUGUUAGAGAUCUGCAGAGGACGGUCAGUCAGCUGAAUUAAGAAGAGAGAAGAUGGUAGAGUUGUCCGCAAAAUCUUGAUAGACGGAAUCAGAGACUAAUUCAAAGUGAAUUUUACCGAGCCCAAACAGGCAGACCUAGCUCGUUUGAUAAAGCCGUAAAAAAUGUUGUUUUGGGCAUCGGGUCGUCACUUUUAACAUUGAACGUCAUUUAUUAAUAUUGCUAAUAAAAAUACCUUAUUCGCU